GAAAGAAUUCAUCAUGUGUCAUUAUUUACAGAACACAAUGAAAUGCUCAAGGAUUUAAUGGGCAAAUCCAUCAGGACUUUCUUUAAUGGCUCCGACACUGUGGUUGACUUUGCGGUUGAUGAUGAUGGUUCUAUGACUAGACUCCCUUCAAGCUUAAAAGGUUUGCGGGUAAUGAAGAUGAGGUUCUUCUUACGAUAUAAGGCUCUGUCAUCUUUAAGAAAACUAAGUCAUCUAAGAUAUCUUGAUCUUUCUUAUGGGUGGUUUGAAAACCUCCCAAAUGCUAUUACAAGAUUGAAGCAUUUACAGACAUUGAGGCUUUUCUGGUGUAUUAGUCUAAAAGAAUUGCCGAGAAAUAUGAAAAAAUUGAUCAACCUGAGGCAUCUUGAGAUUGAUGAAGAAAAUAAAUUAAGAUAUAUGCCACGUGGGUUGGGAGAAUUGACUAAUCUUCGAACCUUGCCAUUAUUCUGGGUAGGGCAUGAUAGUGGGGAAUCCAAGCACAAGAGAAUGGGUAGGUUGAAUGAACUGAGAUUCCUUAACAAUCUCAGAGGACAACUACUAAUUAAAAAUCUUUCAAAUGCGAGAGGCAGUGAAGCUAAGGAAGCCAUUUUGGAGGGUAAACAGAGUCUUGAGUACUUGAUAUUAGAUUGGGAGGGACAAAAAGCUACCGACGAGAGUGAGGAGGCAGUGUUAGUGAUGGAAAGCCUGCAACCACAUCCAAAUCUGAAGGAGCUCUUCAUAUUUUAUUACAGAGGUGUGAGAUUCCCAAAUUGGAUGAUGAAUGAUGGGUUGGAUUUGCUGCUCCCAAACCUAGUCCAAAUUCGAAUAUCGUCUUGCGUCAGAACCAAAGUUCUGCCACCUUUUGCACAACUCCCUUCUCUUAAAUAUCUAGUACUUUUCAAGCUAAUAGCUGUGGAGUGCAUGAUGGAUUACCCUUCAUCAGCAAAGCCAUUCUUCCCAUCUCUGAAGACACUCCAACUUUAUCAUUUGCCUAAUUUGAAGGGAUGGGGAAUGAGGGAUGUAGCAGCAGAGCAAGCUCCUUCACAUCCUUAUCUUGAGGAUCUACAGCUGGACAACACCACUGUGGAGCUAUGCUUACAUUUGAUCUCUGUCUCUUCUUCAUUGAAGUCUCUGUCUAUUAGACGCAUAAAUGAUCUGAUAUCUCUGCCAGAGGGGCUUCAACAUCUUUCCACCCUACAAACUCUCACAAUUAGGGAUUGCUCAACGGAGCUAUGCUUACAUUUGAUAUCUUUUUCUUCUUCAUUGAAGUCUCUGUCUAUUAUAGAAAUGAAAGAUCCGAUAUCUCUGCCAGAGGGGCUUCAACAUCUUUCCACCCUACAAACUCUCACAAUUAGGGAUUGCUCAACGGAGCUAUGCUUACAUUUGAUAUCUUUUUCUUCUUCAUUGAAGUCUCUGUCUAUUAUAGAAAUGAAAGAUCCGAUAUCUCUGCCAGAGGGGCUUCAACAUGUUUCCACCCUACAAACUCUCAGAAUUGAAUAUUCAUCUGGUUUGGAAACUUUACCAGACUGGAUCGGCCGCCUCACAUCACUUUCAGAGCUUCGCAUUAAACACUGCUAUAAUUUAACAUCACUGCCAGAAGAGAUGCGAUCCCUCCGCCAUCUACACACACUUGAAAUCUAUGGAUGUCCAUACUUAUAUGAAAGAUGCCGAAAGGAAACUGGUGAAGAUUGGCCUAAGAUUUCUCAUAUUCCCGAAAUUAACAUUCGGGAACGGUGAAGCAGAUAUGUGAAGCUUGCCUUGUCUCUUUAAUGAAUGCGUCAUCCACAAUAAAUUUCGACGGAGGAUAACCGAUGCAUAUGGAACGAGUUAGCUCACUUACAUCACAUUCCCAACCUAUACUCUUUUUAGCAUGUUGUCCAUACUUUGUCUCCACUAUUCAGAACAACAAUAUACCACUUGAGCAAGGAGCACAUAUUAUUGAAUCCAUGUGGUAAGUGGUUAAUUCUCGUCUCUCAAGUUUCUUGAUCGUGGGAAUCUAAAUGCUUUGGGGUGCAUGGAUAACAAUAGCGACAUAUCUCCCUCAUUUUCAUUGAGAGGCAAGUUGGUUUGAGGGGAGUAUAAAAUAAAGAGAACUAGCAGGACCAUUCUUCCCAUUCCUGCCAUGAUGGAGGAAAAGAGAUGGUGGAGGGAUAGUAUCAAUAUCACUAGCAAAACAACAAAUUUGAAGGGAUUACCCAUCAUCAGCAAAGCCAUUAUUCCCAUGUCUGAGGACACUCCAACUUUUUUAUUUGCCCACUUUGGAGGGAUGGGGAAGGAGGGAUGUAGCAGCAGAGCAAGCUCCUUCAUAUCCUUAUCUUGAGGAUCUACAGCUAGGCAACACCACUGUGGAGCUACGCUUACAUUUAAUCUCUGUCUCUUCUUCAUUGAAGUCUCUGUCUAUUAGACGCAUAAAUGAUCCGAUAUCUCUGCCAGAGGGGCUUCAACAUGUUUCCACCCGACAAACUCUCACAAUUGAAUAUAUCUCUGGUUUGGUCACUUUACCACACUAGAUCGGCCGCCUCACAUCACUUUCAAAGCUUCGCAUUGAACACUGCCAUAAUUUGUUAUUUCUGCCAGCAGAGAUGCGAUCCCUCCGCCAUCUACACACACUCGAAAUCUGUGGUUGUCCACACUUAUAUAGAAGAUACAAAUACAAAACUGGUGAAGUUUCGGCUAUGAUUUCUCAUAUUCCCGAAAUUAUUAUUUCGCGACAUUGAAGCAGUAGAACAACAAUACUCCACUUGAGCAAGGAGCACAUAUUACUGAAUCCAUGUGGCAAGUGGUUAAUUCUCGUCUCUCAAGCUUCUUGAUCAUGGGAAUCUAAAUGCUUUGGGAUGCACGGAUAACAAUAGCGGCAUAUCUCCUUCAUUUUCAUUGAAAGGCAAGUUGGUUUGAGGGGAGUAUAAAACAAGGAGAACUAGCAGGACCAUUCUUCCCAUUCCUGCCAUGAUGGAGGAAAAGAGAUGGUGGAGGGAUAGUAUCAAUAUCACUAGCAAAACAACAGAUUUAGAUCUAUAUAACAUCUCUUCCACAAGAGGAGCCCUAAGUGCUUACUUCUCUUAAUUUGAUUCAUUCUAUUGCUGACCAAUACCAAAGGGGUGAUGUUGAGGAUUGGAUGGAUGCUUUUCAAUAUUCCAUAAAUAAAUAUUGACAUGUUAUGGGUACCUGAGGCAUAUGGGAAAAGUUAGCCAUUCAAUUCGAUAUUUAAGCUUUGCAUGUUGUCUAUAACAUGUCUUCAUUAUUCAGGAAGGGUGAAACAAGGAGAAUUAACAGGAUUAUUCUUCUCAUUUCUGCCAUGAUGGAGAAACUCAAAAAUUAGAGAAACUUAAAACAUAUGUCGAGAUGGUAGUGGCAUUACCAGAUAAACAACAGAAGCUUCAUUCUUGCCAUGUUUUCCUUUUCUUCCUAUUCUCCUUAAGCCGACAUCCAUGCCACUGCAUCUAUAUCUUAAGGAUCCACAGUACCAUCUCCUUCAUUUCCUUUCUCCUUCCUACAUCCAUUGACAUCUAUGCAUAUUGAUGGCGAUAGAGAAUCCAACAUAUGUUCCAAAAAAAGGAUUUUGGUACAUCAUUUCUCUCUUAAAUUUUGACAUGCCAUUGUUUAUUUGUCCAAGUCUAGAUAUUCGAAAUGUAAAUGCUAAUGGUGGUGAAAUCUUAUGUCUUAGGGAAUUUCAGCAAGUUAAAGAUUUUUUAUGUGAAUGUAGGAAUCAAUUCUAAGAACUUGAGAGGUAGCAUCCAAUAUGUAUUCACCUUACUACAGCAAAGAAUCUAACACUUUGGGUAUGUGUUCAUUCUUUAACUUAGGUAAAAUAGAUGGUAAGUCACCUCACUAAGCUUGUUGUUAUUCAUUGUCAAGCUUGAAAUCACUACCAGAGGGAUGUCAAAAGGAAGCAUGUGCAGAUUGAUCCUAUGGCUUAUCAUGUCCCAAGAAUUCAUAUCUACCAGUCUCAAAUAGCUAAUGCACAAAGGACCUAUUCUCUCUUUACAAUUCGGGUGCACUAUCCGCAAUGCGUGUUCUAAGGUUUGCUAUGCCAACUUUUUUUCCUUCUUUUGAUGGCUACUUUAUUUCUUAUUUUACAUUCAAUUUGUUCCAAUUCUUAUUUUAUAAGUUAUGUAUUGUUGGUGCAUAUGGAAUGAGUAAAUUCACUUGCAUCAUUAUGUCUCUAUUAUUCAGGUAUGUCACUCCACUUCGUCUUCCCACCUCAAAACUCUUUAUAGCUUAGUUCUUCACUACAAAUUUCGUAAGAACUAUAAAAGCUCAAAUUCAACUAUUGUAUUUUAGUUGUUCAAAGUAAUAAAACAGCAAACAGCAACUAGUUGAGUGAGCGGCUCGUACUACCGACUUGAAGUGCUUGAUUCAAUUUAUUGUUAGGUGCCUAGACAAGCCUUUAUAUAUAAUUCUUAACUGAAAAUGAGUAAUAUGAUGUUUAGUGUGGAUGUCCUCUUCUAUGACACGAGAUUAAUAAUUUCUUGUUCUUUUGCCCUUCUUUUGUUAGGAGGAAUUAUAUUGCCUAUUGCUAAGGGAAGAAGUUGCUAGAAUCCAAUACUGCGAAAGUGUAAAUUUUGGAGUUUCUUUGUAAUUGCAUUCUUUAUUGAUUUGGCAGGCUUAUUUCCCAAGUCUUGUAAUCAAGUUGUUGGUUCCGAUAUCGUUGAACAUUCAUGACGUAUAGAUCUUCUAAUUUGCAAGCUCCUAUGACAUCUGUCAAACUCAACAAAGGAAAAAAGAUUGAGCUACAUAUUUGACCUCAAAGCAGAGAGAAUUAAUCAUUUUGAUGAGGUAUAUAUGGUGAGAAUCAAGUUUAAUCGAACCAUCCUUGGGACUGAUUUUUACUGGAAGAUAACCUCAUAUUUCAUAAUGUCAUUCAUUAUUGGCAUACAAAAGCUCGAUCAUUAAACAACUUAUGAAAUAAGAUGGUGGUCGAUUAAGAGAUGAAGAAUGGAUUCAAAAAUUGAUCUCCACUUUCGGUACUUUCGGAGGCUUCAAUCAUGACUCAAAGAACAAGUUGGUUUAUUUAAAGGUUUUGGAAUCUCCUUGCAUGUUGUGGAAGUGUAUUUAGCUUCUAAAUAGAAGUAGAAUUCAAAUCCAGUAUCAACUUUCAAUUACUACAACUUGCCACUCAAAUCUCCUUACAACCUUUCUAUUAGUUGUUCUUUUAUGCUUCUUCAAUGAUACUAUUAACAUAAUUUUAUGUUACUUUUGAUGGAAUCGGUUACUAAUAUUUGUCUAUUUGGAUAUUGUAAUUUUUGGAUGAAACAUGAGUAGUUUCUUUUACUCUUCUACUUUGUUGUACUUCAUCUUUCUUACAUGGGCAUGCCCAAGAUUAUUGUGAAUCAUGUAAAUUUAGUGAUUGUUGCUUA